AUGCAGAAAAUUAGCAAGGAGUUGUCAAAAACACCGCUUUUCAGACAGCGAUCUAAAUUCUCCAUGAAACCUGACUCGCUGGUCGCUACAACUAAAAGCACCUAUAACCCCAGUUUAUCUUCGGUGAACUUGCGAAACUCCUUCGCUAUUAUUGCAAUUCCGUUAGGGGCCAUUAUUAGCCUUCCGUGGGUGCAUCUUCACUCUAAAACGCUUUUGUUCGGGGUGUUCUAUGCAUAUAUACGAUCAUUUGCUAUCGUGUCGGGUUAUCAUCGCCUUUGGGCGCAUAGAACCUACAAUGCUAGCACUACCUUAAAAAUAAUCUUUGCGAUACUUGGAGCUGGGGCGGGGCAAGAUCACAUCAAAAAAUGGGCUCGCGACCACCGUGCCCACCAUCGCUAUGUUGAUACCAAUCAGGACCCCUAUAAUAUCAAACAAGGAUUUUUCUACGCACACAUGGGCUGGAUCAUUUUUGAGGACAGAAAAGCUAGGACAACUGGUCCUGUGGAUAUUAGCGAUCUCAAUUCCGAUCGAAUAGUCCAAUGGCAGAAAAAGUAUUUCGUGCCCUUGUUCCUCAUUAUGGGUUACCUCGUUCCUUCCGUCAUCUGUGGCAUAUCUCACGGUGACUUCCUUGGAGGUUUCAUUUACGCAGGCUGCCUAGGCACCGCAAUACAGCAGCAGCUCACAUUUUGCGUGAAUUCCGUGGCCCACUGGUUAGGCGAUCAACCUUAUACAGCCACAAAAUCUGCAAGGCAAAGCCCAUGGGCUGUCACAAUCUUUCUCAUGGGAGAGGGAUACCAUAACUAUCACCAUGAAUUUCCGGGAGACUAUCGGACUGGUAUUCGAUGGUAUGAUUUCGACCCAGGAAAGUGGUGUAUCUCUUUGUUUUAUUUCCUUGGCCUUGCUACCAAUCUUAAACGAUUCCCACAGAAUGAAGUUGAUAAGACGAGGUUGCAGAGAAAGUGUGAGGAAAUAGAGAAAGAAGGUGAGGCAGUGGACUGGGGGGUGCCGUUGGACGAGCUACCAGUUUGGAAAUGGGAGGAAUAUGCUGAACAAACAAGAACUGGGCGCAACUUGAUUGUCAUCAGAGGAGCCGUGCAUGAUGUUUCAGCAUUUGCAAGUGAGCAUCCAGGAGGUCCCGCGAUGAUUGCAGGGGCUGUUGGGAAGGAUGCAACAGAGAUGUUCGAAGGUGGAAUAUAUGGCCAUUCCAAUGCAGCCUCCAAUCUACUAGAUAGAAUGAGGAUAGCAGUGAUUAAAGACAUCUAG